AUGCCGGCCCUUUUCUGCCCGUCCGUCCGCGGUGCACUCCGGUGGACGCUGCGCGGGUCGAUUCGGAUUCGAGUUUUCACCACGUUGACGCGACGCGUUCCGAGGACGCGUCGCGCGUGUGGGGCCAAUCCCAGCCGUGUUCCUGACGAUCAGGAUGUCAUCCAUGAGCCUCUGAGGUCAUCCUUACGACUCACGACGACCGAAAUGAACCUGCAUUGGGCGCCCGAAGGACUCGCUUUGGGCCUGAUCUGCGCCUGGCUUAUCGCCUAUCGUCAUCGGAGAAUAUCCCUCGGUACGGCCCUCCUUCUAUGA